CUUCCGCCACCCAAAGAGUUGUGCCAAAAUGGCGGUCGGCGUAACGGACUGAAGGAUCCUCCGGUCUCAGAAAUCCCCUUGGAAAAUCUGCCCAUGCGCGUAUAAUUUGUAAACUUCCGGGUAGUGUGAAACGUCCCCAUCCAUCCAUGCUUCUUCUUGUUGUCGCCGAGUGUUCAUGUUCGCCAUGGACGCCUCAGAAAGACGAACGCGGCGAAUGGUGGAAUUCAGAAACAAAUGCGAACGCAUUAUUAGUUAUUUAUCAACUGGAAAACAUGUUCCGGCAUUGAACAAGAAUCAACAGAGGACUGUUCGGGCUCAGUCAUUAAGGCACAUUUGGGACAGUGAAAAACAACAACUGUUUGUUCGCGGUGAGCAAGGACAAGGGAACAAAAAACCUGUCACAAAUGAAGAGGAAGUCCUCGACAUCAUUCGCCGCUACCACGGCGAGGCUUUCGGAGUUCACAGUGGCAUCAAUGCAACGCUGGCCAAGAUAAGUCAUCUGUACACAUGGAAUGGCAUGAAGGAGGAUAUCAAAGACUUUGUGAUGUCAUGUGAUUGGUGUCAGCGGUUUCCCAAAGUAAAGACCGAAGCGCCAGAGUUUGUACCUAUCAGAGUCAAGGACCCUUUAGAACUGGUGGGGAUGGACUUCAUUGGUCCGCUCCCGAUGACUACCAACGGAAAUAAGUACGUCUGCACUUUUACAGACUACUACACUAAGUUUGUGGAUCUCUUCCCUCUAAAGGAGAAAGCAGCAAAUGUCGUGUCCGAUGCCAUCAAGUCAUUUGUGUGCAGGUGGGGUGCGCCAGAAUGUUUGCUGUCGGACCAGGGAAAAGAGUUUGUGGCAAAGAUAAACGACGAAGUCCGCAAGAAGUUCGGCAUUGAGCGGUUAAUCACCGGCGCCCGUCACCCGCCAGGGAGUGGCUCGGACUCACGGGCGGAGCAGGCGCUCAAGCGGCGCCUUUCGGAAUUGGUGAGCGAGAAUCGGGACGACUGGGAUCGCUUCCUCGACGAAGUGGCGUAUUCCGUAAGGACGCAAAAACACGCGAGCGCAAAAGUCACGCCGUUCUUUUUGAUGUUCCACCGACAUCCGAGAGACGUAAGAGAGAUGUCUGUCACAGAAGGUUCCGGAUUAAUACCCGAGGUAUCCAAAACGGAUGUGGCAGAGACGCUCAAUGCUCAGAGUAAUAAUGUCACGGAAACUAUAAAAAAAGUUCAGGUGAAAGUAGAAAAAGUGCAAAAAAGGGAGCAAGAACGUCACGCAAAGAGGAAAUCUGUUGAAAUAUUUAACUUUGAAUCAGGCGAUUUGGUUCUGAGAAAUAUUGCAAUAGAAGGAGUGAAGAUGGAACCUCUUUGGUGUGACGCGUACAGCAUGGCGUCUUCGGCUAAGAAGAGGGCGCUGGGGCUCGGGGAGAAUCCCCAGGAAAGCGACGACAGCACGGACGAGAGUCCGGGGGAAGGCGGCGAUUCCAGCGGGGAGGACAGCAAAGCCUCCGAAGAGGAGAUUAACGAGGAGGUGACGGUGGACUUCGAAGCCCACGCCGUUUCGCACAACGACUUCAAUGGCAUCAAGAAGCUCUUACAGCAGUUGUUUUUGAAGGCUCACGUCAACACCUCAGAGAUGGCUGACCUCAUUAUCCAGCAGAGCCAUCUCGGAAGUGUGAUCAAGCAAGCGGAGGUUCCCGAGGACAGCGACGACGACGACGACCCGGAUGAAGUUUUUGGCUUCAUCACGGUGCUGAACCUCACGGAACGAAAGGGCGUGCAGUGCGUGGAGCAGCUGAAGGAGCUGAUCCUGGACCGCUGCGAGAAGAGCUCGGGCCGCGCCGCCGCCGAGCAGCUGGAGCGGACGCUCGGCGACGCGGCCGACCCGGUCGGCCUCCUGCUGAGCGAGCGCUUCGUCAACGUCCCGCCGCAGAUCGCGCUGCCGCUCCACAAGCAGCUGCAGGAGGAGAUCGGGGAAGCCGAGCGGACCGACAAGCCCAGCGGGAAGUGCCGCUACUUCCUGAUGAUCAGCAAGACCUGCAAGGAGGCCGGCAAGAGCGUUCCCGCCAGAGGCUCCGCCCCCAAGGACCAAUACGUCUUCAUCAAUGCCGAGGAGGAGUUCUUCUACGAGCACGCGGUCUCCAAGUUCCACUUCUCGGUUCAGGAGGACGCCGACUCGUGCCUGAGCGGCCGCUGGUCCUUCGAGGACGUUCCCAUGAAGCCGUUCCGCACGGUCAUGUUGAUCCCGGCGGACCGGAUGCCCGCCAUCAUGGACAAACUCAAAGAAUAUCUGACCGUGUGACGAUCCCCCGCAAAUAAACGGACUGUCAUUAUGACUGUUAUGAUUUAAUAGACAUCAUGCAACGUCAGUGACUGUACAGCAGGAACCAUUUGGAUGGGCUCUGAAAUCACUUGCGGGCUUUUUAAAGAAUUUCACAGCGUACUGGAUUCGAGGAAUUUUUCCAUGCGUUAUACAGUUCAAAAAAACAAAACAAAAUUGCUACUUUUGAAAAAUAA